UCUCUCUCUCUCUCUCUCUCUAUAUAUAUAUAUAUAUAUUUAUAUCAUGGACCAAAUACAGAACCAAAAAGGCUCAUCAUCAUCAUCAACAAAAGUAGUAGCGCAGAACAUGAACAAGAAGAGAUUAAACGAACACCAAGUGAGGGUUCUGGAGAGAAACUUCAACUACGAAAAGAAGCUGGAGCAGGAGCACAAGCACCAGCUGGCGGACCAGCUCGGCAUCCCGGCUCGGCAGGUGGCUGUGUGGUACCAGAACAAGCGCGCAAGAUGGCGAACACAGAGCCUUGAGGUGGACUGCACCACUCUCCAGCACAGGCUCGACACUGCUUUGGCCGAGAAGAGACGGCUCGAGGGAGAGGUUCUAGUGCUUCGUGGUGAGCUCGACAUGGCUUGCCAAGCUCUGCAAUUAACCGAUAAUAAUAAUACUAUUUAUUAUGAUAAUACUACUUAUUAUGAUAAUAUUAAUAAUAAUAUUGAUUCUUCUUACUGUACUGCUACAACUACUACCUCUACUACCGCUACUACUGAUCAAGAGCAAGGACAAGAAGGAGAUGGAAGAAGCUACUCUAGCUUUUCCGAUAAUCCUCAAUAUGAUCAUCACCAUGUCAUAAAUAAUUAUGAUCAUCUUCUUGAUCACAUUGACGAUGAUCAGUUUCUUCAGAUAGAUCAUGACUUUUUUUCUUCCUUGAUUGAUUGGUAGUAGUAGUGAAAUCGAUCAUCAUAUAUAAAUAUAUAAUUUAUGAGAAAUAGCAGCAUUAUUAUAUUACAUAUAUAAUUUAUAUAUAUUUGUAUAACCAUGUGAAGGUGAUUGAUGGUGUAUUGUCAAUUUCCUUUGUUAUAUUUUAG